UGCAUAAUUAGUAGCUCCCAUAAUCAUCGCCAAAUUAACAGCGCGCCAUCUCCUUGGCAGCCAUGAGAGUCCAUCUAGACCUCAACGCCCUGCCAGAUGAUUCAGGCGAAGACGCCAACGACGUGAAAUUCGACGUAGCGGUGGCCGGCGCCGGAGAAGUCGGGUCUCAGAUUGAUCUUAACGUCGAGCUUCGCCUUGCGAUUGGAUGUUUUACGGGCGAGCCGAGUCGUCAAGCAGUCUCGCUGCUGCCGCCGGCCGGGGUUAAGGAGGAGCAACCGGCCAUCGAAUCGAGGACUUGCCGUGGCUCCCGCAACAAGAUCGACGGAAUGCCCAAGAAGAAAGCCGCGGCGAGCAUCGCCGUGGACCGCAUCAGCCAACUCCCCGACGAGCUCCUCCACCACGUGCUCGCCUCGCUGCCGGUGGACGAGGUCGUGCAGACCUCCGCGCUGGCCCGCCGGUGGCGGCACCUCUGGAAGCGCAUGCCCGUCCUGCGCCUCGUCCACCCCAGGCGGUUCGCGAGCGCCGUGGAUUACGACAAGUUCGUCAACCAUGUCAUCGCCCUCCGUGGCGAUGCGCCUCUCGUCAGCUGCGAGAUCGAGUCACAUCUGACCAAGGAUGAUUACGCUGGUGAGCCCGAUGAGCCCGAUCCGAACCCGUACUUCGAUUCCUGGAUCCAGUACGCCCUGUCGUGCAAGGUUCAGGUGCUCAAGGUCGUCGGCGACCAUGUGGGCGGCGAAACACAGCUCGCUCUGACUUUCACCUCCCAGCACCUGGUGAAACUGGAUGUUCAGCAUUUCUUCGUGGACCCUGAUGUUCUGGAUUUCUCAAGCUGUCCUGUGUUGGAGGAUCUGAAGAUGCAGGAAGCUGGCUUCUGGGUGCGCAAGAUGUCAUUUCCGUCGCUCAAGCGUCUGUGCAUAUCUGAAUGCAACUUCCCCGCGGAUUACCGCGUCUGUAUAUCUGCACCUCGUCUUGUUUCACUGCAACUGCUUGAUUGUCAAGGCAAGACUCCUUUGCUUGAAGGCAUGCCACUGCUAGAAACAGCGUCCAUCGAUCUCUCCACAGGGUGCGAGGAUAAGUGUGGAGGUUGUGCUGACCAGACCUGUGAAGGCUGCCGUGGUUAUCCUGUUGGUGCUUAUCAGAGUGUGCUUCUCAAUAGUUUGUCCAAUGCUGUCAAUUUGGAAUUGAGAGAUCAACCUAAAGUGUAUAUCUACAAAAGGGAUCUGGAGUCUUACCCCACAUUUGGCAGAUUAAAGACUCUUUUGCUCGACAUGUGGUGUAGGGCUAUUGACCUACAUGCACUAGUUCGCAUUCUUCAGCACUCGCCAGCUCUUGAAAAGCUCACUCUUCAGCUUCGUAGUGAUGAGAGGUUCCUAUGUGCAGCCCGAGGCGAAAGAAAACAUGUUAAAAUAGAGGAAUCAUUUGCAUGUGUGCAUCUUAAGGAAGUCAGCAUUGAAUGUGAAGAGCGACUAAGGGUCAAGGAUAAGGUCAAUCAAAUUGUGAAGAUCUUGAAUAGAAGUGGCGUACUUUCUGAGCAUAUCAGUUUCAAGAAGAUCCCAAGGCCAAAAGCAUACUGUAUCCGGGCUGUGUCACCUUCAUUCUUUGAUCCCAACUGGUCGGGUGAGGACUAAGGCGCGUGUUCGGUGGUUGUGUGAUAUUGUUCCAAGCCUUCCGUUAUUUUGUUUGUCCAACUCUUUUAUUAUGUCGCCAUGUGCUGGCUGUCGGUGUAACUCAACGAAAAGAAUCUGGUUGGGUAUGUCAAGACGUUACUAGUAUUUAUCUGUUGUCAGCAAUGGAAACU